AUGGAUUGCUGCAGCAAGAAACGGUUGUUGAUGAUAAUGACCAGUGCUUGUGCGUGUGCCGCCUUUGGCUUGCUGUCCAUCGCCGUAGCCACGGAUUACUGGCUCUUUACUAUGGAUCUACAGAAAGAUACUAGCAAUGGGUCCGUGUAUGAUCACUUUUGGUCGGGCCUUUGGCGGAAGUGCAGAAUAACUGGUAAGCCGAUUAACCACAUGAACUGUGAGUACAUCCGGUAUUUUACAAUGAAUGACGACAGGGAUGGAUUGCCUCAGACAGACGCUAUACUGUUAACGAUGAGAAGAUCCACAUGGUUUCCACUAGCAAGUCUCCUUAUUCUAUUGAUAGGAACUAUUAUAUGUUUCGUUGGUCAUUGCAAUUCAGGAAGAAAAAACCUUACCUUUGUCUGUGGAAUUUUAUUUGUACUAGCAGGUUUGUGUACGCUUGUUGGAAUUAUACUUUACAUAGGCAGCAUUACAGAGGAGGUUGGGAAUAAAGGCAAAGGCAACUCCAUGGAAGAUCCAAAAUUUAAAUAUUUUUACGGAUCGUCAUUUAUGAUGGCUGUUUCGUCGUUUGCAUUGACAGAGUUGUCGGGUGUAUUUUCUGUGUACCUGUAUAUAACGCGCUAUAAACACUCACAACGAAAGAAACUGCAGCAAAUGUUAAAGAGCGAACAAAACGAUAGAGGAAAUAGAUGGCGUUAUAGGAAAUCUCCGUCUCAGUCACGAGAUCGGUCACAGUCCCGGGACCGCUCCGGCGAUCCUUCUCUCAGUCGCUCCGAGAGUUAUUACACCUACACACCAAUAUCGGAAACUACUUCUCAUGAACUUUCUAAUUAUACAUUUCCCAGAGAGGUUUCCGGCAAUACCAUAUCAACGACUGUAGAUACCCAUGCUCCACGUGACCAUGCAUCACGUGACCAUGCACAACGUGAUCAUCACAGCCAGCGUGACCAUAUACCUGUGCCAACAGAUACGUAUAUGCGACGGACAACCCCUGUAUAA